AUGUCCUCAUCCAUAUCGGGUGGUCAAGCAGAUGGCUCUCCACCGCCGAAUCCAAGCAUGCAAGCAAAAUCAAUGAACGGGAAAGCCUCCGCGGCGGCGCCGCAAACUUCGACAGACAACGUCGAGCUCAAGAACAUGACUGCGAAUAAUGGCAACGGUGCAGGAGAGACUGCCAGACUUCCGUUGCCCGUGGAAUCGGAUAUUAUGCAGUUGGCGCGAUUAGGCGAAAUUGGAGCUAUGCAGAAAUUGUUCGAUACGAAGAAAUUCAAUGCCAAAUAUAAAGAUGAAGAGGGUAUCACGCCGUUACAUUGGGCGGCGAUCAAUAAUCAAUAUGCAAUGUGUCGAUUUCUUCUCGACUCCGGCGCAGACGUCAACGCCAAAGGAGGCGAAUCCGUUGCGACACCGGCCAUGUGGGCUGCGCAAAGAUGUCACUACUAUAUCGUAGACUUGCUUCUACAACGAGGAGCCGAUCCUCUUCUCACCGACGUUCAGGGAUACAACAUCUUGCACUUGGCCACCAUUGAUGGAAACGCCUAUUUGGUGUUUCUUUUGCUACACCAAGGUAUUCCCGUUGAUAUUCCGGAUCCUCAGGGUCAUACUGGUUUGAUGUGGGCGGCAUAUAAAGGGUUACCGGUAUGCGUGGACCUAUUUCUACGAUGGGGCGCGAAUGUGAAUGCGGUGGAUGAAGGAGGUCUUGCGCCGUUGCACUGGGCCUUGGUGAAAGGGUCGUAUAUGUGUGUUCAAAAAGUACUCGAAUAUGGAGCGGACCGUUUCGCAAAGACGAGAGACGGGAAAUCUCCGGCUACCGUGGCUAGUGAGAUGAGAUCACUUCGAGUCUGGCAUCGAGCUUUGAACGAUUAUGGAUACGAUAAGGAUGGAAACUUGAAAACGCUUCCAAUGGGCAUGACCAUGUUUGUGCACAAUAAGAGCGUACUCACAAAGUACUUUUUUCUGUGGCCGUUCCUCACGUUGUUCAUUGCAAUUUGGAUCCUGAGCAAUUUCGCUAUAUAUAUUGGAAUACCAGUUGCAGCUGUGUUUAUUUUCGGUAUGCACUACGUGACUCAACAAGUUGCUAACAAUGGUCCUGGGGAAUUCCGCGUGCUGCAGAAAACGCCGUAUCUCGCUGGUGUCUUUGCUGCAAGUCUUUUCUGGGUUAACGUUACAUAUAUUUUCCGAGUGCUACCUGUAACAUGGUCCACACACCCUGUUUUAAACGUUUUAUUUUCUGUAUUUGCCAUCACUACGACCUAUUUCUACAUAUUCUCCAUGGCCGAAGAUCCUGGCUAUGUCCCUAAGCUGAGUAGCAGAAACCAGCAAAGGGAAACCAUGCGCGAGCUUGUCGAUAACUGGAAGUUCAAUGAAGAACAUUUCUGCAUUCACUGCAUGGUUCGCAAGCCCCUACGAAGCAAGCACUGCCGUCGAUGUUCGCGGUGUGUCGCCAAACAUGACCAUCAUUGUCCGUGGAUUUACAAUUGUGUGGGUGCCAACAACUUACGACAUUUUGUCAUCUACAUAUUGUCUUUGGAGAUUGCUAUUGUACUUUUUGUUCAACUAGUGAUUCGCUACAUCGAAUUGCUCCCCGCGCCUAAGAAACUCUCUUGUAAUAUCAUCAACGACAACCUUUGCACGAUAGUAUCAAAGGAUACUUUUACUCUCUUUCUCACCUUUUGGGCUGCCCUGCAAUUGGUCUGGGUUACAAUGCUUUGCUGCGUCCAAUUAGUGCAAAUCUCCCGAAACCAAACCACAUACGAAAACAUGCGAGGCUCAUCAAUGACAGCCGGCGGAGCUUCUCAAGCCAUCACCUCAGCUCUUGUCGCCGGAACUCCCAACCCAGCAGCCGCAGGACUCACCCGUGCCGGUCACGGCCCAACACCCGGUGGUGCUCCUGCCGGUGGUCAUGGCCAUCAGCACCACCAACGUAAAGGCGGGUUCAUAGCACAAUGGAUGGGCUUACUAGGACUUGACACCUUCUUCGCCACGGCCCAGGGCCGAUCAACCCGUCAAAAGAACCCCUUCUCGCGCGGUAUUGUGACCAACUGUCGCGAUUUCUGGUUUGAUUCUGCACCUAUAUUCCGCGCGCGGGAACCUGGGUCUGGAAUGCUCGACGGCGCGGUUGUGGAUUACUAUAAGAUGUAUGAGCCGCCAUUGAGAGUGGCGUCUGGUGGUGGUCGAAGUGGGAAUUAUGUCAGUGUUGCUGGUGAUGAGCCUGAAAGUGCUGUCUAA